AGGAUUAUAUGUACUAUAGACUUAUCAUUAAUAUAUUGAUAAGAAUGUUUGACACCAGCUUUCUGGUCAUACUAUUGUCUGAAUCAUGGACUAACAUGAGUCAACAACACAAUCGCAUUAUCAAAUAAAAUAAUAUUGGCUUGUCGGCACUCUCACUCUACUCCCACUUUUAAUCUAUUUGAAUCCACCUCGUAUCCAAUGUCUAACUUAUUUUUACCAACAGAUCAUGCAGAAGUCAGAGGUCAGUGAUGAAAAAUUACACAGUGUUGACAACAUUCAUCCUGGUGGGAUUGACAGAUGACCCGAAUCUACAGAUUCUGCUUUUUGCCUUUUUGCUCAUCACGUAUCUGCUGAGCGUAAUUGGGAACCUGACUAUCAUCACCCUCACCUUUGUAGAUCCCCACCUUCAAACUCCAAUGUACUUUUUUCUCCGGAAUUUCUCCAUUUUAGAAGUCUCUUUUACCACUGUCUGUAUUCCUAGAUAUCUUUAUACACUUGCCACGGGGGACAAUACAGUUACUUAUAAUCCUUGUGCCACUCAGUUAUUUUUCGUCAUCAUCCUGGGUGUGGCUGAGUUUUUCCUCCUCACCGUCAUGUCCUAUGACCGCUACGUGGCUAUCUGCAAGCCCCUGCAUUACACGACCGUCAUGAACUACAGAGUCUGCCUCAGAUUCCUCAUUGGCUGUUACAUGAUUGCUCUAAUCAUUGUCCUCCCACCGUUUGGCAUGGGCUUUGAGCUCGAGUUUUGUGACUCCAAUGUCAUAGAUCACUUUGGCUGUGAUGCUGGUCCCAUCCUGAAGAUUUCCUGCUCAGACACGGAGUUGAUAGAGCGGUUUGUCUUGGUCCUGGCUGUGCUGACCCUCACUUUCACCUUGGUGUGUGUGAUUAUGUCCUACGCGUACAUCAUCAGGACCAUUCUCAGGUUCCCUUCUGCCCAGCAAAGGAAAAAGGCUUUCUCCACUUGUUCUUCUCAUAUCAUUGUGGUUUCUAUUACUUAUGGAAGCUGCAUCUUCAUCUAUAUUAAGCCAUCUGCAAAAGAAGGGGUAGCUGUUAGUAAGGUCGUGUCCGUGUUGACCACCUCGGUUGCCCCGGUAAUGAAUCCCUUCAUUUAUACUCUUAGGAACAAGCAAGUGAUACAGGCUUUCAAAGAUAUGAUCAAAAGGGUUGCAUCUACCAUGAGGAACUAA